AUGAAAUGGCUGGUGCUGCUGAGUUUGGUGGCGCUCUCACAGUGCCUUGUGACAAAAGUUCCAUUGAAGAAAAGGAAACCCCUGAGGACGACGCUUAAGGAACAGGGCUUGCUGCUGGAUUUCCUGAAGAAUCAUCAUUACAACUUAGGCUCCAAGUACAUCCCUGGUAUCAUCAAUGAGGAUGCCACUGAGCCCAUGAAAAACAGUCUCGAUCUUCAGUAUUUUGGGACCAUCUCCAUCGGCACCCCAGCCCAGGAGUUCACCGUCCUCUUUGACACUGGCUCCUCCAACCUGUGGGUGCCCUCUGUGUACUGCUCCAGCCCAGCCUGCAAAAACCACCACAGCUUCAACCCAAAGAAGUCAUCCACCUACCAGGCCACCAAUGAGAGCAUCUCCAUCCAGUACGGCACUGGCAGCAUGACUGGAUUCCUGGCUUAUGACAUCAUCCAUGUUGGAGGCAUUCCAGUCACCCACCAGAUCUUUGGCCUGAGUGAGUCUGAGCCUGGACCCUUCCUCUCUUAUGCCUCCUUUGAUGGGAUCCUGGGUCUGGCUUUUCCCAGCAUCUCUGCCUCUGCAGCCACCCCCGUCUUUGACAACAUGAUGAGCCAAGAUUUGGUGUCCCAGGACCUCUUCUCCGUCUUCCUGAGUUCUGAUGAAAAGAAUGGGAGCUUUGUGAUGUUUGGCGGCAUCGAUUCAUCUUACUACUCGGGGAGCCUCAAAUGGAUACCUCUGUCUGCUGAAACUUACUGGCAAAUCACUGUGGACAGGAUCAGCAUGAAUGGCCAAGCCAUUGCUUGUGGUAAUGGCUGUCAAGCCAUCAUUGACACUGGCACCUCUUUGCUGGCCGGACCUCCUGAUGCUGUCUCCAGCAUUCAGUCGCUCAUUGGUGCCAAGGAGGACCUCUAUGGCGAGUACGCAAUGAACUGCAACGCCAGCAAUAUACUGCCUGACAUUGUUUUCACCAUCAACAGCAUUGACUUCCCUCUGCCAGCCAGUGCCUAUGUCAUUAAUAUGUCUGGCUCUUGCCAGAGUGGCUUCCAAAGUAUUGACAUCACUACUGCCAAAGGAGAGCUCUGGAUCCUUGGUGAUAUCUUCAUCCGCCAGUACUACACCGUCUUUGACAGGGGGAACAACAAGGUGGGCCUGGCCCCUGUGGUGUAAAUGCAACACCGUU